GUCGGAAGCGCGUGCCACUGUUUUCACUCCGGAAGUUUAACCUCCCAGCCAAUGGGGAAGGGGGAAUUGUGGAAAUGCUGCUGAGGGGGUGAUGGAGACGACGGUGGACAUGGAUCCGGACCCCAUCAAGCUGAGGUCGCUGAAGCACCGCGGCACAUUCACGGUGCCGCAGCAAGACCGGCUGGGAAGCUGCAGAAGUGUGAAGGAGUUUGAGAAGCUGAAUCGAAUCGGAGAGGGAACCUACGGCAUCGUGUAUCGAGCCAGAGAUACCAAGAGUGAUGAGAUUGUGGCUCUGAAAAAGGUGCGAAUGGACAAAGAAAAGGAUGGGAUCCCCAUCAGCAGCUUGCGAGAGAUUACGUUGCUGAUUCGUUUGAGGCACCCCAACAUUGUGGAACUGAAAGAGGUUGUGGUGGGCAAUCACCUGGAGAGUCUCUUCCUUGUGAUGAGCUACUGUGAGCAGGACCUGGCCAGUCUGCUAGAGAACAUGCAGGCGCCGUUCUCUGAAGCACAGGUCAAGUGCAUUGUGCUGCAGCUGCUACGAGGGCUGGCCUACCUGCAUCAUAACUUCAUCCUGCACAGGGAUCUGAAGGUGUCCAAUCUGCUGAUGACAGAUAAAGGCUGUGUUAAAAUUGCGGACUUUGGCCUGGCCCGGCUGUACGGCAUCCCCCUGAAAGCCAUGACCCCGAGGGUGGUGACCCUGUGGUAUAGAGCACCAGAGUUGCUGCUGGGCACUAAGACCCAGACCACCGCCAUUGACAUGUGGGCGGUGGGCUGUAUUUUGGCUGAGCUGCUGGCUCACAAGCCCCUUCUUCCAGGUGGCUCUGAGAUUCAGCAGGUGGAUCUGAUCGUGCAGCUCCUGGGGACACCCAAUGAGAACAUCUGGCCUGGCUUCUCUCGCCUGCCACUAGUUGGACAGUACAGUUUGAGGAAGCAGCCUUAUAACAACCUGAAGAAUAAGUUCACCUGGCUGUCGGAGGCUGGACUUAGGCUGCUCAACCUGCUGUUCAUGUACAACCCCCGGCGCAGAGCAACAGCCAACGACUGCCUGGAGAGCUCCUACUUCAAGGAGAAACCACUGCCAUGUGAGCCUGAGCUCAUGCCAACUUUCCCCCACCAUCGCAACAAGAGGGCAGCUCCUGUGGCUGACAGCCAAUCAAAGCGCAGCAAGGUCUGACCUUUAACCUCAGCGGUACAUCAGCCCUACGGGACCAGUCCUGAAGUGGGAAUGAGAGAGGACCACCCAUUAUCUCUCACCUCAGUGUGAACGUCUUCUAGUGCUGUGCACUGAAGACAAGCAAUGCUGGCCCAGAUCAGCCACGGAGAUGUCUGACAUGGGUCUGGUCUUCUCCUGUCUGCUAUUCUUCUUUACUUAGAAAUGUCACUGUGUUUAUGUUCAGUGAUAUUGUCAUGAAGACCAAAGACAUAAAGACAGUAUCCAGGAUAUUUUUUUUUUGUUCCUUCAGAGCCGCUGUCAGUCAUGUUUUUGUGCAAACUCAAUCCCUAAAAUAAUUACAGGGUAAAGGCUGGUUUGUUUGACUGCAGGGACAGCAGCUCUGCUCAAGAAGGUCAUAGGAAGAGCAGAUGUGUAACAUGAAAAAUACUGUCAACACUCACACAAUAAUAUUCACCCAUCUGCAUCAGGUCACGGUGAGCCUGAAGCCUGUCCUAGGUAGGGUAGGAUGCCAGUCCCACAUUUCUCUUGACUCAAGCAUCUUAAUGAUAAACAUGCUAUCAGAGAACCUGAAGACCUUGACGGAACAUUCUGAGAACAUACUGUCAACAUAAAGCUUAUGGUGCCUAAUAAUGAGGGGAAAUCUGAUUUAUGAUUGAUCAAAUCAGUGAUUCUAAAGUGGCGUAGCUUCUGGACCCACCUUAUUGGUCAGUAAAGCACAACCUAAAUUAUGGCAUCAUGGACCAUGGAACGUAUCUAAAGGGUGGGGGGGGGAGGUCAUGUCCACUUGUCUUUGGAAAAACUGAGUUAUAACCUUCUGCCUAAUCUUUUUUUUCCAAAUUGCUGAAGGCUCCUCACCUCACGAUACGCCUUUUUGUUUGAUGUUAGUGGUCAGGGGCAUGGAUACCCUGGCAGAUUCAUGGGGGCCAUAAAAUUUUAUAUGGGCCAUAAAAUAUAAGUUUGGGGGAUCAGUUAUAGAAAUCUACCGAAAAGGACCCCCCACCCCCACCCUGGUCUGCAUAAUCUACAGAGGGAGCCUAGAAUUUCUAUGUACGUGUUAAGAUUUGGCUAAUGCUGCAGAUGACAUAACAAUGAUGGGAAUAACCAAAUCACAACACUCAGUAACAAGUAUCAAUUGGCCUGCUUAAAAAUCACAUUUGUUUUUAAAAAAAUGGCUUUUAUUAAUAAAAUUUGUUUGCACUGAA